UUUCGAAUGUGAGUUGACGUCGUGGAAUCGAGUUGAAAGAUUCCAAUACCAAACCGUCUGAAUAUAACCGAAAAUGCGACUACAAUUCCGAAUGACAAUAGUCGAUUAUUCGACUUGCGAAAACUUUAGAUGGAAUUUACAGAAUUAUCUUCCUUAAGGAGAAUUAUUUUAAAUAUAAAGAAAGAUCCGCUUUACUCUUCCUACAAGUUAAAUAUCCCCCCGUUGCGGCAGAAGAGUUCUAACCUUCGAGUCUGUCCAUAGAGAAGUACACGGAAAAUCAACAGUCUUCAUGUUACGUAUUCAAGACGUAGAAUUAGCUAAAGAAAUAGUUAAACACGUGUAAUAAUACAAUGCCUAUUCACUAUGGCUGCAUACAAAUGGCUACUGUAAAAUACUUGCCAUUACCCACUUAUAACUUAUACGCUAUGCUUAAUAGAAAUUUCGUCUUGCAAGAACAAACUAGAGGACAUUAAAACAUUUUCUUUAAUGGGAUAAAACGAGAAUGCCACGAAAAUCCAAUUUACUUAGAGAAAGCGUUGGAGCAUAUACUGUAUUAGAAUUGCAAGAACGUGGUGUACUCUGCCACUAUCCGAGUGCAAUCGAAUCGAUGUACCAUUGGUACUGUCAGACAGAGCAUCAAGUUUGUGUAAAAGAUAACGAAUACACAACGCCUUCUGAUGCCAUAUUGAUUCGGAGAGUAGUCUUGACUCAAACGACAACUUUGUUUUAUCCUGCCGAAUUGCAAUUCAGUAACAGAAUGUUGAGGAAUUUUGAUUCAGAUUAUGCACACCGACUAUCCUUUCGAGACGAAGAUGGCAGCAAAUUACGGAGAUGACGCAUUAUUGCAAUUCGCAGUUACCGUACCUAUGAUUGAAGGAAUAAAAAUAUGCUCAAGACAUUACAAAUUUUUGGCAUGGUCAAAUUCUCAAAUCAAAAAUCAUAGUGUAUGGAUGUAUGCGAAAAUAAUGCCAAUACUAUUCAAGCAUGGAUAGGGGAUUUCUCGAUAACCAAAAGCGUAUCCAAGUACAGUACAUGGCUCGUUUGGGACAGUGCUUUUCGCAUACAGAAGACACAGUCGAGAUUCCUUUAGAGCAUCGUUACGUUAUCACAGAGGAUGAUAUCGAAGAUGGUGUAAAUCCUAUUACGCAGAAACCUUACUGCUUUUCGAAUGGAAUUGGCAAAAUGUCUAGACAAUUAGCCGAGAACAUUGAUCCCGACUUAAUUUAUCCCGGUUGGAAAGAGUACGAAGAAUCUGCACGAAUUUCCAGACAAAACUAUAACCAUUUUCUUCAAGUUUUGAUGCAGAGAUAUGGUGUAUACAAACGGAAACUGAGCCAAUUUCUGACGCAUUUCGCAGACUUCGCGAAAGACAUUCCCGAAGACACGAUGCUUUCGAUACCAAAAAGCUGGUCGUUCGGUCCGUAGAAACAUUGCAGAAGCGAUUUAGAAACGAAUUUCAUCAAGAAUUGGGAAUUUCAGCAGAUACCGAAAAGAUAGAUCCCAGCAUACUGGAUGAUACAUUGAAGAAAGCAUUGGUAUGGUACGUUGUUACAUACAAUAGCAUACAGAUUAAUUGGUCGCUGGAUGAGCAGAAACGAAGAAUUCGAGCCAGGAAACAAUCUUUGGCUGUUAGAAUACUUUCCCCGUAUUUUACAGAAUUAUAAUAUAAGAGAAGCGGGUGAUGCAGAAUCAAAUGUAAAGAAAGGCAGCAUUGCUAAUUUAUGCUUGGACUUUUUAAAAUAUAUCAGAAAUAACUCUUCUCUUCCCAAAAAUGUAGCUUGGAUCUCUUCUUAUGCCGAAGACACGUACAAUGUUUUGGCCGCAACUGGCAAUUCGUCCGUAUUUUGCCAAACUAAACAGUACGACCAAUCGAACGUACUAGUAGAAUUACGACCCAUUAACUUCCCGG